AUGAGCGAAAUCAACCCCUCUGCCUUGAAAGUAGUAGAGCUGCGUGCUGAAUUGAGUAAACGCGGAUUACCACAGAAAGGAAAGAAGGAUGAGCUGAUCGCUCGGUUAACAGAAGCCAUAGAGGCAGAUAAGAAGAACAAAGAGCAAAUAGAACAGGAAAAGGAACAGGACAAUAAAAAAACCGAAGAAGAAACAGAAACAGCCAGCAAAGCACAAGAUAGUAACAAGGAUAAUACGAACUUGGAGAAUAAAGACGAAGCAACAAUACUCACAGAAAAAUCUUUUAACGAACAAGAAAAGAAGGUUGAAAGUGUGGAAGAAGAAGACAAAAAUCCUAUAUCAGCAUCAUCAACUACAGAAAUUGAUAAUCAUAAGAAUGAACAACAGAAGGAAUCAGAACCAGAACCAGUUUCUGGUGUAGAGGAUGAAGUACCUAAACAGCAAGGCGAAGAAUCGAAAAUGGUCAUGGAGGAUAAUAAAGCAUCCGCCGUUGCUGCUGCGACUGAGAAAGAAGCACAAACAGCAGGAGACAAAAUAAGCAUUAAUCCUGUUACGGAUAGAGAAAUUGAUGAGGAAAAGGACGUAAAAAUGAAGGAUCUUAAAGCAACAAAAGAAACUGCUACGAGUACAACAAAGUCAAAUACAGAAUCUAACUCUGUUAUAGGUACCAAGAGAAGGCUAUCAACAGACCCUGGGGAUACCGCUGAAGAUGGCAAGCGUACCAAGAUUGAUGAUCAAGGAAUGAUCUGUAGUCCAGCAUUCUAUGUCAAAGGAUUUGUUAGGCCAUUGAUUACUAGCCAUGUGAAAAAUUUGCUCGAAAAAUACGGAAAACUUACACGUUUUUGGAUGGAUCAAAUCAAAACGCAUUGUUAUGUUAUUUACGAAAACGAAAGUGAUGCAAAAAACGCAGCUCGUAAUAUUGAUGGUAUUGUAUUUCCAGAAGAAACGGGUAAAAAGUUGACAGUGGGCGAAUUAACACCAGAGCAGACAGAGGAGUUAAUAGAAUUUGAGAAGAGAGCAGAUGACGAACGUAGAAAGGUGGAUUGGGAAGCCUGUAUUAAAAAAGUGAAAGCUGGUGAAGGAUUAGCAUCAACUGGCGGCUCACCAGCAGAUGGGCCAAGAAGAAGAAUUCGUCAAAUUGGCAUUGGACAAAUUGCAAGAGAGUUGAGCAAAGCAGCAGCUGGUGAUCAGCAAUCGUUAGCGCAGAACGCUACUACACCCUCCCCUAUUUCACCCGCUUCCAACAAUGGUAACAGAAUUGUUCGUGUUGCUGAUAAGAGAGAACAUGAACCGGUGUUAAAAAAAGAACGUUCUUUGGAUGAUCUGUUCAGAAAGACAGAGGCAUUGCCACGACUUUACUAUCUGCCUAAUACAGAUGAGGAAGCUGAGGCCAGAUUGGAAAAGCUUCGUCAACGUGCUUAA